AUGGCGACCUCGAGGCCUAACAGCGUUUGGAGCAGUAGCAAAGGCAACAUGACCGACAUCGACACACCCACCGCGGUCACUCCUGAUGCUCAGUCGGAGGUCCUCACUACACAGCACGCUGAGAAGGGCAACGAGAAGCUCGGUCGAGUAGUUGGUGGGCGGUUCAUCCAGAUCAACCAGGAGUCCAACCUACACCAGGACCAUGGACUCCUCAAGACCAUCGACGACACCGACGUCCCCUUGACUCUCACCGAGAUGGUCCACAAGGAUGGCCAGGACUACAUCGUCCUGCACUUCGCCGAGGGCGACUGCGAGAAUCCAUUCAACUGGCCAGCAGGCAAGAAGAUCUUCGUUUGUGCCAUGUUGAACAUGAUGACCCUGUUUAUAGGAUUGGCGACGACAGCAUACAGUUCUGGUAUCGGCAGCAUGACUACAGAGUUUGGUGUCCCGCAGCUUUACGGCCAGCUCGGCCUCUUCACCUUCAACGCCGCCUGCGCUAUCGCUCCCCUGUUUCUUGCGCCUUUCUGCGAGCUGGUCGGUCGGAAGAUCGUCUACGCCGGAGGCUACCUCUGCUUCACGCUUCUCUUCAUCGGCCUGGCACUCGGCCGGAACAUCGAGACAAUCGUCAUCCUGCGGCUGCUCUUGGGUCUCUGCGGCUGCGUCGGAACCAUCCUUGUCGGCGGUACCUUCGACGACAUGUACGAACCACACCUGCGCGGCCCCCCGAUGGCGAUGUUCACAUAUGUGGCCAUUCUCGGAACGGUCGGAGCACCUAUAUACGCCGGCUUCAUCGACGAAACCAUUGGCUGGCGAUGGAUCGAGGGUAUCCAGGGACUGGCCAACAUCCCCCUGCUGCUCUGCGUCUUCAUCUUCUUCCCCGAGACUCGCGGCGGAGCCCGUCUGCACAAGCGCGCGAAGCAGCUCAAGAAGGCCACCGGCGACGACCGCUAUGCCGGCCCGGACGACCUCGACACCAAAUCCCCCAAGGACAUGCUCAAGGUCUCGUCCGUAAAGGCCAUCCGCAUGCUGGCCACCGAGCCCGUCGUCCUCGCCUUCGGCCUGUGGAUCGGGUUCGCCUGGUUCGUCACCUUCCUCUUCCUCAGCGCCAUCCCCAUCACCUUCCAGGAGAAGCGCGGCUGGUCCGAGGGCGUCGCCGGCCUGCCGUACAUCGGUCUCUGCAUCGGCACCACCAUCGGCUGGGCCGCGCACCACCUCCAGAUGCGCAAGUACAACCAGAUCGAGAACUCGGACGUCAAGGCGACCCCCGAACAUCGUCUCUACGGCGCCAUGUUCGGCGCCGUGUGGCUGCCGAUCGGCCUGUUCAUCUACAGCUUUACGCAGUACGCCUUCGUGCACUGGAUCGGCCCCUGCAUCGGCCUCGUGCUCAUCGCCGUCGGCAUCUUCUUCGUCUUCGAGGCCACCUACAGCUACACGGCCGACUGCUACGGGCAGAGCGCGUCGUCGGCGAUUGCUGGUCAGGGACUUGUGCGGAACAUGCUCGGUGCCGUCUCGCCCCUUUUCGCCAGCGCCUUCUUCCACAACCUCGGCAGCCAGUAUGCGGGUCUCCUUCUGGCCCUUGUCGCUACGGGCUUGAGUAUGAUCGCUUUUGUCAUGUUCAAGUUUGGCCCCCAGUUAAGAGCUCGGUCUAAGCGUGCUCUGGUGUACUGA